AUGGAGGUGGAGGAGGAGGAAAGACGCUCUCCACACGAUCAUGGGGAUCCGUGUGUUCCCGAGAGCUUCUUUGAUCGCGUAACGCAAGGGUUACGCAACGAUCUCGAACAUGAGCGGGACAGGCGUCUCCAACUGGCGGACACUGUCUCGAAGCAUCGAGCUAAGUUUGCCUUUGCUCAGCUUGAGAACGAGAGAGCUCUGACAUCUCUUCGUGACGAGCUAAGGGUAGCUCGUGGGAUUGUUGAUCGGUCUCAGGCUGAGAUAACUGCUCUUCAGACCCUUGUCGAUGCCCACCAUCGGGAGCACAAGGCUCUCUGCGAGAUGCUUGAGCGCAAGGGCGUUCUUCAUCGGAAGAAGCAGCGUACUGAUGGUACGGCUUAA